AUCCUAUAUGUCCGACUCGCCGAUCGGCUCCUCGCAGCAGGUGGAGCCGGAGCACCGAACCCCAGACCUCAUGGACAUUGAUCCAUUGAUUGCGAACUUGAAGGCGUUGCAUGAGGAGACGAGAUCAGACGACGAUGAUGAUGGGCAACCGUCGACGUCGGCGAAGCGGAAGGAUUCUCGAGCCGAUGGGAUUGUGAUCCAUCAGAAGAAGUAUAGCGAUCCGGGGAGAUUCUUGUGGAUUUGGUUGUUGGGAGUCCGUGUCCCAGCGUUGUCCAUCGAUGGGGAGCCACACCUGCCGAUUGAGAUUCUCGAUGAUAUGCUCACAAAGAAGGACAAGAAGGAUCAGAUGUCGUUUCAGAAUUUGCUUCGCUACAAAAACGUCUACAUCCGAAUGGCGUCGCCAUCCCAGUUCCGAGCAGUCAUGGAGAAGAGCAAGGAGUGCGAAAACCUCAACAUCACAUCGCUGAGCCUGAUGAGCCGGUCGGACAUUGAACGGAUCAUGGGCGAGCUCCGCCUGGAGAGCAUGCUCACGUUGGCCGAGCACGACAACUGGGACAUCUCCGAUCGAGUUCACGUUGUGCACGUCAACUUCAUCGACUACUGCAGCGAAUGGUUGGAGAGCGAUGACUUGGAGGAGGAUGUGAUGCAGAGUGGAACACACGGCUAUUGGUACAAGAAUCGGCGGAACAUGCGAUGCAUCGAAUGCCAGCAUUGUGAGGGAAAGUUCACACCGACCGACUUCAUCAUGCACCAUCACUAUCCGAUCAAGCCGAGCGGUUUUGUGCACACCGGCUGUAACAGCUUCCAGUGGAUUCGGCUUAUUGAAGUAUUCGAUAAAUCCAAUGAGAACCUGGAAGCCUGGAAUAAAUUUGUCCUGAACUCGCACAGAGCUGGCAAGCGUGAAUACGAUGAAGCUGCGCCGCAUCAGGCGCCGCCGAAGAGACCCGCUAUGGAGACACCUGUGCCGGUGGCCGCGGACAACGGCUGGGAAGCUGAUGAAGAAGAGGAAGGCGAGGAGAUUGUGGAUAGAGAUGCAGAUAUUGAGAAGUGCAAGUUGAGGAACAAGAAGAAGAUGGAGAAUCUCCAUAUUGCCGACUUCCUCGGACCAUCUGGAUCCAAAGGCCUAAAGCCUAGAAACAAAUUUGAGGCAGUCAUCAUCGAGCAGCUUAACAAAAUGGACGAUGCAGCUCUCGAGGCUUUAUUCCUGAAAUCGCCUGAAGAAUACAAUUUGUGGGUGAAGGAGUCCGAUUUCACACAUAAAGUCGUCACGCAGCAGCAAGAAUGGAAGGCAAAGAUGAAGGAUCCGAACUUUAAGAGUCGAGCGUCAGCGAACUUCGACGUUUCCAAAGGAGAGUUCGACAACAUGCGCCACUUCGACAAUGCCUCCAAAGCCACGCGACAAGAAAUCCAGCAGCUCGCCGAGCAAUUCGCCAAUCUCGAUCGCGACGCCAAACUUUUGACUCCAAUGGAGUUCGUGUUAAGAGAGCACGCGUUGCUCAAGAAUGUCUCGGCAGACGCGAUACGUGUACUGUGUAACCGUCCGCCACUGCCGCCACUGCCGCCACCGCCACCGCCACCAAAACCAAAGCCGGCUCCGGUACAGCCGAUCUCGUUGGGAAAUAUCAACUUUGUGGCGUUAGCCCAGCAGCUGAUCGCGUCUGGGAUCAAGCUUCCUCUGCCGAUUGUGACACCGCCAGUGGUUUCUACGCCGGCGCCAGUGAUUACGCCGAUUCCUGCAGCGUUGCCGAUCUCGCCGAAUUCUGAUUUUUUGAAACAACAACUCUCCACGGCCAUGUCAUCUCCAGCUCUUCUCUCCCUCUACCCGAAGCUCACCGCCGGUGCCUAUGAGCAAUUGGCCCAGUUUAUCAAAACCACCACCGUCAAGAAUUGAUUAGAUGAUCUUUCUUAUUCCAUUAUGUAUUCCUUUCUCCUUCAAGCCAAACCUAUCAUUCCUUCAUGUACAAAACACUUGUGAGAAUUGUUGCACCCCACCCCGGUUAUGUACAUAUAUUGAAAAUGACGCUAGUCGUAUUGUUUUUAAAUUCAUUUUACCUCUCUGUCUGUCUCUUUCUCUCUUUCUGUCCCACAUCUCUCUCGCCACUUGCCAUACUAUUAGGUACCUCUUUUCCCCAUUUUUUUCAUAUUCCUAUCUGUUGUUAACACCGUCCUCUCCACAACAAAAUACGCACUUUAAAAAAUCAAUGUAUCUCUACCAAAUGCUGCUACUCGAAAACUUGUACCUAUUUCUAAUAAUCUUUUCGGUUCGAAAUUCCUCUUUUUAAUAAUCACUUCUUUUUUUCUGUUAAUAUAUAUAUAUAUAUAUGCUGCCCGGUUCAAUAUGUAUUUUGUCAUUCUUGAGUAGCCAAAAUCCCCCCAACUCCCCCCUUCGAUUCAGGACAGUCUCCAUCCCAAAGCAACAGUUACGGUAUCACUGCGUUUUUUAUUUUCGUCGUUUUUUCUAUCUAUUUGUGCAAAUUGAAUUUGACAUUCAGUAAUGAACGUAUUAUU